AUGGACGAGUUAUCUUUAGUUAUUCAAACAAUAAUUGAUAAUGAAUUGGAUGAUCUUAUUCUUGAUUUAGUUUAUGAUAUUCAUUCAUCAAUUAAAGGAAUACCUGAAGAUCAACUUGAAAUAAAUAAUAAUGGAACUAAACCAAAAACUUUUUUAAUACCACUUUCAUAUUCACCAACAACACCUAUUGAAAAACAGACAUGUAUUUGUCCUCAUUGUGGUCAAUCAAAUAUAAUAGCCAUACGAUUUGCUUAUCAUCUAGCGAAAUGUCUCGGUGUUGGUCGACGUUCAUCACGUCAAGCAAAACAUCGAAUUGUUGAUCAAGUUAUGACUAUAACUGCGUCAUCAGACGAAAGUCGAUCAAAUGGAGAUGAAAAUCAACAUGUUGAAGGAAAUAAUUGUAUAGCAGAAGAUGGAGAAUCUUGUACAGAUUCAACAUCAAAUUCAAGUAAUAAUCAUCGUCGAAUAGUAAAUGAAGAUCAAGAAUAUACUGGUGAUUUUGAUAAUGAGGAUGAAGAUGAAGAUGAUUGGAAACCAAAAAAGAAAAAACGAAAAAAUCCAACAAUUAAUAUAAAUAAAAAGAAAAAAAAGAAAGAAAAUAUUAUUGUGAUUUCUGAACCUAUAUCUGAACUUGAUUUUCAUAAUUGUAUCAUUCCACUUGAUAAACUUUGUCCACGUACACAACAUGUUGUUAUACCUUUAGUAUCGUCAGAUACAUCAUCAAAUGGUGAAAAUAUUUUUUUUCAAAAUAGACAAAUAUCUUCACCAACAUCUCAUUAUCUUCCACGAUCACCGCUCAAUCUAGUCGAAGAUGAACAAUCAUCAGCAACAUCAAUUAUUAUGUUUCAAGAAGAUAGUAAACAAUAG